AUGAUCGGGCUUCUCGCCAUUACCUCCAUCCCAACGGUGACAGGUGUAUCCCUCGCUACCAGCGAGCAGCGCAAAGCAAACCAGCGCAAAGAGGAGGCCCGUCGCAUGGUGAAGUUCAACAUCGUAGCAGAAUGCGAUGGUGACACAGAUGAUGACCGCGAGUUAAACGAGAUGAGUGUUGUUGUAAGAAACGAGAAGGUCUAUCUCGCCGAUCCAGAUCCCUCCAAACGAUCCCCGCCAGCUUUCACGGCCCUGGCCUUCUAUAUUGAGUAUCCGGAACCAGAAGAAUUGAAAUAUCUCAAGCGCGAGCGCGGCCUCGGCCUCCCAACUUACGUUCAAGACGACCCGCCCCUUCUCAAUUGGAUCUACGCAGAUACCGAAACGCAUGAGUUACGGUACGGAAACCGAUCGCAGAGUGUGGAGCAGCUGGUCGAGCCGUGGGACUGGUGUAAAAAUGAAAGGAUCAUUUCGCUCAAGGGAAAACAGAAUGCUUUCAUUGCGGUUGAAGAGGAGGAGGGUCAAUGGGCGCUUUAUUAUGAUUUUGAUGGUGAUGAGCUUGCGCGCGUUCUUGAGGAGCAGGGAAUGUUAGAUUACGCUUUUGUGCCUGUCAAGCUGGUGAGGAAGGUCGUUGAGGAGAAGCCGCCGUCGCCGCCACCUGCUGCUCAGGGCCAGGGGAAUGGUCAGAGUCAGAAGUAG